AUGGUUGCCUCGACCUUGGUCCAGAUCCCGCUGGCCGGCAGCGCUGAUGCCAAGGUGUCGCAGCUGGCGGAGCGGGUCUCGGUGCUGGUGGCAGCACUGCAGAAGCGCUGCGACGAGGACAAAGAGGAGCUGGAGCAACAUGUGGACAAGAUCCAUGCUCGAGUCGAGGCGCGGCUGAGCUCUCUGGAGCGGCACGAGGAGCCUGCCCUGAACCUCGGCCGCGAGACGGCGGUGCUUCGAGAGGCCAGGAGCAUGGUGGGAGCCGCCAUCGGCGAGGUGCAGAAUGCGUGGCGCCAAGAGAUGGCAGAGCAGAGGAGGCACGUGGAGGAGCUGAACGAAACUUCCCGCCAGAGCCACGCGCGCUUGGAGAAGGCGGAGCGCUCGAUGUCCAUGCAGGAGCGAGGGCUGCGCCGUGUGGAGGAGAACUUGCAGGCGGUGGCCUCCAUGCAGGAGACGCCCCAAUGGUUUGUGCAGCUCGAAGGUGCCAUGAACAACCUGGAGCGGCAGGUGAACGAGCAGCAGGUGGCAGUUGAGGUUCAAGUUGCGCGGCUUCAGGUGGAGUGCGAUGGCUUGCGGCGCCGCGCCGAGAUGCUCGGAGGCAUGCGGGAGGAGCUGAUGCAGGCUAUGGAGGAACGAGUGGCGGCGACCGCCAGGACGCCUGCAGCGCCGGCUCGAGAAGAGAGGUACGCCAUGCUGGCGCGGCGCUGUGAUGAGCUGGAAGCCAAGAUGGCUGCGCAGAAGGUGCACGUAGAGAGCCACGAGCAGCGCUUCGGCAGCCUCGCCGAGCGCUUGGAGGCGCAGCAGCAGGAGGCCUUGGAUCAGAACCGGCACCAGCAGAGCCAGCGGCGCGAGGAGCUGCUGCAGGAGGUGGAUUGCCAGAUGCGGGUGAUGCGGCAGCGCAUGGACACCCUCAGUGAGCUCUGCGAUGAGCUCAUGAUGCGGCAGGUUUCCGACUCUGGACGCAAAGGCCGUGGCCAGGAGCGGUACAGAGACCCGAGGGCCACAAUGCCGGUGCUAAGGGAGGAAGGCUAG